GCUUUGCUCCCGAUAAUUUGAAGUUGGGGGUUUCAGAAAUUUCCCUCCAAUUUUCCCCUUUAAUUUUCCAUAACCUUCUCGAAAUCACCCAAAACCUCCCAGAAAGAGGUUUCCCAGAAACAUAGAUCUGGUCUCUGCACUUCCUCUCAUUUCAUCUGUUUGCUCUCUGGGAAAGCGGAAGGAAAUUAAAGAUAGCGAAGUAACUUAACUUGACUUAGGCAAGUCAUUUGUCAAGGUUCAGAACAUAGAAAGAUUUUCGUGGUUCCUUUGACAUGGACUCUACUGCCCAAAAUUUUCAACACCGCAAGAUGUCAAUCAAACUGUGGCCCCCUAGCCAGAGUACCAGGCUAAUGCUUGUGGAACGAAUGACCAAGAAUCUUACUACUCCAUCCAUUCUCUCCAGAAAGUAUGGUCUUCUGAUGAGAGAAGAAGCUGAGGAGUAUGCUAAGGAAAUAGAAGAUGCAGCCUUUGCUACUGCAAACCAACACUAUGAGAAGGAGCCUGAUGGUGAUGGAAGCUCUGCUGUGCAACUUUAUGCUAAAGAGUCCAGUAAGCUUAUGCUGGAAAUUCUUAAACGAGGCCCUAAGACAAAGGAGGAUGGCGAAGUAAUGACAGCUGAGCAAACUACUUCUCCGCUGGAAACUGUUUUUGAUAUAUCUGGUGGUCGUCGGGCAUUUAUUGAUGCAGAAGAGGCUGAGGAGCUUCUAAAACCGCUGAAGGAGCCAGGAAAUUCAUAUAAUAGGAUAUGUUUCAGCAAUAGAAGUUUUGGAAUAGAUGCAGCCUAUGUUACUGAGCCCAUCUUGUCAUCCCUCAAGGAUCAAUUGACGGAAGUAGACCUCUCAGAUUUUAUUGCUGGAAGGCCCGAGGCAGAAGCUCUUGAUGUCAUGAAUAUAUUUUCAUCUGCACUGGAAGGAUGUGUAUUGAAGUAUCUGAACCUUUCAAACAAUGCUUUGGGUGAAAAGGGUGUUCGGGCAUUUGGGGCUCUUCUAAAAUCACAGAAUAAUUUGGAGGAGCUCUAUUUGAUGAAUGAUGGUAUCUCGGAGGAAGCUGCACGUGCAGUGUGUGAGCUAAUUCCUUCCACUGAGAAGCUUAGGAUUCUCCAAUUUCAUAAUAACAUGACAGGAGAUGAAGGGGCAAUUGCCAUUUCUGAGAUGGUGAAAUGUUCUCCUGCAUUGGAGGAUUUUCGCUGCUCUUCUACAAGGGUAGACUCUGAAGGGGGAGUAGCCCUGGCUAAAGCACUUGGGACUUGUACCCGUUUGAAGAAGCUUGAUUUGCGUGACAAUAUGUUUGGUGUAGAAGCUGGAGUUGCUCUGAGUAAAGCUCUUUCUGCCUUUAAAGAUCUUACUGAGGUUUACCUCAGUUACCUGAACUUGGAGGAUGAGGGGGCAAAAGCUAUUGCUAAUGCUCUCAAGGAGUCUACUCCUUCACUUGAAGUUUUGGAAAUGGCUGGAAAUGAUAUUACGGUUGAAGCUGCUUCUACUUUAGCAGCCUGUAUUGCAGCAAAACAGUGCCUUGCCAAGUUAAGCUUGGCUGAGAAUGAACUGAAAGAUGAAGGUGCCAUUUUAAUCAGCAAGGCAUUGGAAGAGGGUCACAACCAGUUAACUGAAGUUGAUUUGAACACAAACUCAAUAAGAAGGGCUGGGGCACGGUUCUUGGCACAAACAGUUGCAAGCAAACCUGGAUUUAAGUUACUAAAUAUCAAUGGUAAUUUCAUAUCUGAUGAGGGGAUUGAUGAGGUGAAGGAUAUAUUCAAGAAUUGCCCUGAUGUGCUUGGACCCUUGGAUGAGAAUGACCCCGAAGGAGAAGACAAUGAUGGGGAGGAUGAAGAGGAGGGUGCUGCUGAUAAUGAGGAUGAAUUGGAAUCUAAACUCAAAGGUCUCGAUAUCAAAAAUGAGUAGAAGUUCCUACACAUCAAGUAUGCUGAUUCGAAGCUUAUUGAAUCCCCAGUUCUUUCUUGCUCAAUUCGAAUUGACUAGUCUGGUUAUGUUUAAGCUAGUUCUGCUGCAGUCAAAGUGUAACUGAUCCGUUUUACAGAUCCAUCCAUCGGUAGCUUAGGUUUCAGAAAAACUCUGUUUUUCCUUGCCAAACUGAUGCAUGCUCUCAUGCAACUAGAAGCAGAUGUGUCUCUAGAUACUGCUCAGAGCGGUUGUAUUCUUUUUUGAAUUUUUUACUUUGGUUUAGUUGCACAUUAAUUAUUUCCUUGUCCUCUCAAAACCUGAGUUCUGCAACAUGUUUGGAGAUUUCUUCCCUGCUGGACUUUCAUAUU